AUGGCAGAUGAAUUUCCUCGCGCCGAAGUCAUAGGCAUUGACUUGGCUCCUCUCCAACCCAGAAACGUACCGCCGAAUUGCACAUUUGAGUUAUUUGACUUGGACCAGGGACCAAUACCAUACCCGGACGGCUAUUUUGACUUUGUCCAUGCUCGUUCUAUGCAUACAGGCAUCCGCAACUACUCCUCGUUUUUGAAGGAAAUUACCCGUAUCCUACGUCCUGGCGGCCUCGUGUUGCUCAUUGAACCUGACCUGACGCCUUUAGCCGACGGAAUACCAAUUGCGAACUCACGCUACAACCAGGGAAUGUACGAUUGGUUUGCAUUGUGGGAAACGUAUCGGGCAUGUCUGGCAAGACAAGGGAUCGACGUCAAUACUCCAGGAAAGCUGACAGAACUCAUUGCCUCGACGGCGAGCUACGAUACUAUUGUAAAGAAGGAUGGGAACAUUCCGGUUGGCUUCUGGCCUACAGAUUCGAACAUGCUGACAGUUGGACAACUUCAAUGGAUGGACUACGAGCUCCUCCUCCCUGCGUUGAAGCCGCUGUUUCUUUCUGUCGGUCUUCCGGAAACACACGUCCGCACGCUGAUACGGAAUGCUCAACACGACUUAUACAACCCGAUAUCAAAUUUGUCUGCUCAUCUUCAUAUCGUCUAUGCGACUAAAAGACUUUGA